AUGAGGUGGACAAUAUCACAGAGCUUACGAAGGAGUCCAAGAAUGAUGAAUUCGUGCUUUCAAUCAAAGUUUACUAACACGGCUGAAAAUGCUAUCAAUCAUGAUGAAGUCGAUAUCUUGUACAUUAAAUCAGGUUCAUCAAGUGUCUGUGUACUUGAAGGAAAGAAUGCUAUGAUGAAUGUAAGGGAUGAAGGGAUAGCUGUUGGGGGACGAAAACUGAAAUCACCAAAAAAGAGUAACAAUGGAAAAGCAAAAAAGAAUAACAGAAGUGAUAAUGAUUUUGUUGAGAUGAAAAAGAAGAUGGAUUCUGAAAAGAAUGAUAACAAAAUGAAAAAGAAAAGGGUUGAAGCGAUUGUUAGGGAUAAAAAGGUUAACGUGAAAGGGAAAAAAGUAAUUGGAUGUGAGGAUAAAUGUAAAGAACGGAAGGUGUAA